AUGAUCACGGUGCCCUCCCAGGAGAUUGCCGCUUUUCUCGGGAACCAUCUCGACCAUGUCCUCCAGCAAGCGGGCCUGGACUUUGUCCAGUCGGUGGCGGCACAACGGCACUUCAAGGCUGCCUGCUCUUUAAUGGAUGUUCUCAACUCGGUCCAGUCGGUUCAACGGCAGCUCCAAGUAGUCCUACAGGAACGGCAUGUCAACAAUAACCCUGACCGAGGCGAUCUUACGUCAGAGCCCCGCAAGGUCCGGAUAACAUCGCUUUAUUUGCUCUACAGUCUGUACAGCAGUCUACCGAUCCACCAGAACCCAUUCCUUUGUCUCUUCGUGGAUAUUUACACGUCAGCUCUUCAAAACGACCAGCACCGUCCUGAACGCUUCUUGGCUCCAAGUACUCCUUCCGAACUGAUUGCAAUAGCAGACGAAGUCGAGUCUAAACGAGUUGAUCUGGACUCGUUAUCACUCUUCUUGCCCGAAGUUCCGAUAGAAGAUCAAAUUGCACCUGGCAUUGGUUGGGAAACCUUUCAGCAGCAAAAACGAGGCGGGACGUGCGACUUUGUCAAGGUGCUUGAGGGAUGGAAGAAAGGGAUAGCGGAAUCGGAGCGCAAUGGAGUAAGGAAAAUCGAAGCCCUAGCUGGAACGGAGGGUGACGCAAAGGGUACCCCAAACGUAGGAUCUGGAGCAUCAGCGAUCGAGGAGUCAGCGGCAUGCAAACGGUCGCACAAUGACCAGAAGGAAGAUGAUGACGAGGAGGAGCUCGAAGAGUGGGAGAUUGAAGCUGAGAAGCAUCUUCAGGACUCGAAUGAAAUCGCCCCGGCACCACCCGUCAAGACGUCCCAGAAAUCAAAGAAGGCUGCCGAGAUUACUUACAAUCGCCAGCAGAUGAACGCGAUCAUGGAACAGGCAGUCAUUCAGCCAUUAUCUUUCGACCAAGAACAGUUCAUGUUGUCGCAAUUUACCGUGGAUGCAACGCGAGUUCAUAUUCCACUGCCAUCCCAGGAGGCUCUUCCAGGCAUUGUGGACAACAACCCUACUAUCGCAUUCAACCUACUCCUCUAUCUCAUCCAACUUUCAUCUGAUCUGGAAGGCGGUGACAGUACCGAGAUGGCUCAAAAAUCCAACGGCGCAAAGUCCAGCCCCGCCAAGGGAAGCGCUAAGAAUAGCACAGCGGCGAGUCCAGAGCCAUCAAUGGUGGACGGCUAUCUGGAUAUGAUGACUCGGCCAAAGCGCCUGACUCUUCACUCGCUGGAGGUUGUGAAUCGCUUGACAGGAGCAACCACUCUCUCUCCCCGCUUUUUGCAUGGGUAUAUCGAGAACGCCAUUCGCUGCUGUGAACAGGUCGAGGACAAGGUUGGCCAGGCCCGCGUUGUUCGCAUGCUCUGUGUGUUUUUGCAAUCUCUUCUGCGGAGCGGAGCUAUUACUAUCCCAGGCUAUUACCAUGCUCUGCAGAGCUUCUGCGUUCAGUUCUCUAGAGUCAAGGAAGUUGCUAACCUAUUCCAGGCUUUAGUCGAGUACCAGCGAAAGGCUGAUGCGCAGUCUCCUGUUCAGGCUCAAGGAGCUCCACCACCACCACCACCACCACCAUUGACUCAGCUGACGCAACCACCCCGAACUCUGACGCAGUCUGCGUCAAUGCCCUCCACCCCAACAGCAGAUACCCCACCACGGUCAUCCUGGCUCGCCAAUUCUGGAUCGAUUAGUCAUAUCAAAACCUCCCUCGGCAAACAUACGUCCAUGAACGGAUUCUCGUCUCCUGGAGCUCUCUCGCAGUUUAUCCAUCCAGGGCCAGCUUCUCCUGCAAGCAUCAACAGCAACCAGAAUGGAAACCACCUAAAUGGCAACAGCAACAGCAACAGCAACAGCAAUAGCAACAGCUCGUUCUUCAAGACACACCAGAAGCACUCCAGUCAACACUCAUCAUCGUCAGGCACUCUCUUUUCCUCGCCUACAGUGAUGUCUGCCUCCGUGAACGCAUUCAACACGCGCCUAGGAAAUCCAACGACGUUAACGUUGAACAGUGGCAACCUUGGGUCUUUGCAAGGUGGACCACGAUCAGCCGGCGUGGGAUCAGGAUUACAUUUGAACCGAGAUUAUGAUCUGGAUGCUGCGCUGCGAGAGAGUUUGAGAGACAUGGAGAUCCAAGGAGGGUCGUCGUCAGGUGCCGGCUCAGGACCAGCAUCGAGGACGAGUCGCACCCCUAAUAAUGGACUCCAGCAACCCAUCCACCUUGGACCUAAAGGAUUCUCCAAUGGGCCUCAUCUCGGGAACCAUGCGCGUGGCCGUGAUUCUCGCCGUGGCGGAUAG